GCGGCCCCGGGAGCGACGCUGCUGCGAGCGCCGCGACGACCGAGCGGGCGCGCACUGAUUGGAGGCGCGGGCAGGCGCGCGCGCGCUACGGGGGCCGGCAGGAGGCGGUGGCGGCUGUUGGCCAAGGGUCCGGAGGCGGGGCCGCAAGCCUCGGGCGCUGUGAGCCCGGCGGGCCACGACUCGGCCGCGGCAGGGUGCAGGCAGAGGCCAUGGGUGACCGCAGCGGCGCGGGCGGCUCCCGGCGCCGGAGGACGGGGUCGCGGCCCUCCAGCCAGAGCGGCAGCGGGUUCGCGGCCGCAGAAGAGGAGGUGCGGGACGUAGGCGCCGGGGGGGACGCACCGACGCCGGACAAGGACAAGGACGGACACGACGAUGUGAGCAGCGGCCACUGGGAUCUGAGGUGCCACCGCCUGCAGGAUUCUUUGUUCAGUUCAGACAGUGGUUUCAGCAACUACCGUGGCAUCCUGAAUUGGUGUGUGGUCAUGCUGGUCUUGAGCAAUGCACGGCUGUUUCUAGAGAACCUCAUCAAGUACGGCAUCCUGGUAGACCCCAUCCAGGUGGUGUCUCUGUUCCUGAAGGACCCCUAUAGCUGGCCUGCCCUGUGCCUGGUUAUUGUGGCCAAUGUCUUUGCUGUGACUGCGUUCCAGGUGGAGAAGCGCCUGGCCGUGGGUGCCCUGACCGAGCAGGCGGGGCUGCUGAUCCACGUGGCCAACCUGGCCACCAUCCUCUGCUUCCCAGCGGCCGUGGCUUUCCUGCUGGAGUCCAUCACUCCAGUGGGCUCCCUGCUGGCUCUGAUGGUCUACGCCAUCCUCUUCCUCAAGCUGUUCUCCUACCGGGACGUCAACCUGUGGUGCCGAGAGCGCAGGGCUACUGCCAAGGCCAAGGCCGCUUCUGCAGGUAAGAAGGCCAACGGGGGCGCCGCCCAGCACAGCGUGAGCUACCCCGACAACCUGACCUACCGCGAUCUCUACUACUUCCUCCUGGCCCCGACUCUGUGCUACGAGCUCAACUUUCCCCGCUCCCCGCGCAUCCGAAAGCGCUUCCUGCUGCGGCGGCUCCUGGAGAUGCUGUUCCUCAUCCAGCUGCAGGUGGGGCUGAUCCAGCAGUGGAUGGUCCCCACCAUCCAGAACUCCAUGAAGCCCUUCAAGGACAUGGACUACUCACGCAUCAUCGAGCGCCUCCUGAAGCUGGCGGUGCCCAACCACCUCAUCUGGCUCAUCUUCUUCUACUGGCUCUUCCACUCCUGCCUGAACGCUGUGGCUGAGCUCAUGCAGUUUGGAGACCGGGAGUUCUACCGGGACUGGUGGAACUCGGAGUCUGUCACCUACUUCUGGCAGAACUGGAACAUCCCUGUACACAAGUGGUGCCUCAGACACUUCUACAAGCCCAUGCUCCGGCGGGGCAGCAGCAAGUGGGUAGCCAGGAUGGGGGUGUUCCUGGCUUCAGCCUUCUUCCACGAGGUCAGUGCUCUGCGGCGAGUCCUGCUCCGGCCUCGGGCGGGUGUGGCCUCGGGGUCCGCUGAUGCCCCCCUCUCGCUCCCCCAGUACCUGGUGAGCAUCCCUCUGCGCAUGUUCCGCCUCUGGGCCUUCACGGGCAUGAUGGCUCAGAUCCCGCUGGCUUGGAUAGUGGGCCGCUUCUUCCGUGGCAACUACGGCAACGCGGCUGUGUGGCUGUCGCUCAUCAUCGGGCAGCCGGUGGCCGUGCUCAUGUACGUCCAUGACUACUACGUGCUCCACCACGAGGCCCCGACAGCGGGGGCCUGAGCCGCUCCGGGCUGGCCCUCUGCACUGCCUGCGCUCCUCACUGCCUGCAGCCAGCGCCCCCGGUCCCGAGCUGGGGAGGGGCCUGGCUGGUCCAUGCUGCCUCCUGGCCCUCAGGAGGCCUCUCCGCCCCUAUGGGGCUCCCUCCUGCUCUCAGGAUGGCAGGCAGGCACAGGCCUCUGCCAGUGGGAGGUGCUGGUGCUCUGGAAGCGCUGCCCAUCUGCCCGAGGGUCCAAAGGUGUCAAUAAAGUGCUGUCCACGGCAACCUCCCUCAACCUGCUGGGCGUGGGGCUGGUGGGAGGCGGUGGCUGUGCCGUGUGUGUGUGUGUGUGUGUGGGGGGGGGGGGGGCUGGGUCCCUUUGGCCUCCUGGUGAUGGUGGCGGCGGUGGCGGUGGCGGCAGCAGCAGCAGCUUGGCCUGGAGGCUAAAGGCCCAGGUGUGGAGGAGUCAAGAGUCAGGGCCAGCAGAGGGUUCAAGACAAGGCCGCAGAGCUCAGAUAGGCCAGGCCCCUGGGGAGACGACAGGCACACCUGGGGCAGGCAUUGGCCUCCUGGAUGAGGCAGCUAGUCUGGCCCAGUCCUCCACCUGAGUGCCCACACUCUGUGCCCUGCAGUGCUGUGGCUUGAGGCCUGAUCCUUGAGCCCAGGGGGACCCCUGGCUCCCCUGGGCCUGCCCCACCCCUCCCCGGGUUCUCCUGGCCUUGGGCUGGGCAGUCCAUGGGCAGCCCGAGUGUUCCCAAGAGCCUGACGGGCAGGGGCUCUGGGCUCCUUUCCCCUCUUCCAGGGGUGUGCUCUCUGGGUGGGCUUCACAGCCUUGGCAGUAGCUGGGCGGUGGUCUUAGAGCUGCCCAGCCCAAGCCCGCAUCUCCUCUGGGCCACAGAGGCCUUGAAGGGGUGGCUAUGGGAGGGAUGCCCUUUGGACCCCAGGGCGGAGGGCCCUGCCAAGAGGACAGGCAGCAGCAGGCGAGCAGGUGUGGCGGGCGCCUGGGCCGGACUCCUACACUACAUGCUGCUUCCUUGGCUUCCCACCCAGAGGGUGGAGCUGUGUUCCUGACACCCCCUAGUGCCGACCACCCCCCACCCCUGCCAAAGCCAGUGAACACAGUGGGGUGGAUGCUGGGAAGGUACACAGGGAGCACCCGCCUGUCUACCCGGUGCUGUACCAAAGCGCUCUGAGCACCCGCGGGUCCGGCGGAGCCAGGCGAGCUGUGUGCAUCCACCCUCCCUCCAAGGCGGCUGCGCCCAGACCGCCAGCCCCUCUGACGGUGCCCCUCGCACCCCAGCACCCAGGCGGCGGAGGAAACAGACUGGGAGGCCACACACAGAGCCUGUCGUUUAUAGAUCUCUGCCUGUCUCGUCCGUCCGUCCGUCUGUCCACGCGUAUAUCUGUCUAUCUGUGCGGGAGGUGAAGGGGGAGUCUCGUGUAAAAAUCCAAAAUACAAUUCUAUGAACACC